GACUAGCUCACAAGAUAACUCUGCACACUGAUGGUGUUCCUAUCAGCCAUGAACAUUCAAAUGACACUGACACAAACCAUUUCUUCAAUCUCAUCACAGUUUUCACCUCGAUUCAACCUGCCGAAACGAUGCCUGUUCGUCCGCCCUUUACGAAAUCAAAAACCUCAUACUCGAAUCGUUUGCAUGGCGGAGCCGUAUCUGUUGAAGAAGCUUGAAUCGGCUGAGAAAACCUGGAAGGAGUUAUCGGUUAAGUUAGCUGAUCCGGAUGUAGUUUCAAAUCCUAGUGAGUACCAAAAGCUGGCACAAUCUAUGUCUGAACUUGAUGAGGUUGUAGCAACGUACAGAGGAUUCAAGGAUUGCGAGAAACAACUUGAAGAGUCCAAAGUUUUGUCAAAAGAUCCUGACGUCGAUGAAGAAAUGGCUGAGAUGAUAGCUUCCGAAAUUGAAUCUUUAUCUGACCAACUUUUAGUAUUUGAAGAAAAGCUUAAGAUGUUGCUGAUCCCGAGUGAUCCUUUGGAUUCUAGAAACAUCUUGCUUGAAGUAAGGGCUGGUACAGGCGGUGAAGAGGCUGGACUUUGGGCUGCUGACCUUGUUCGUAUGUACCAGAGGUACUGUGAACGAAACUCGUUGAGAUACUCACCGCUUUCAAGCUCCGAGGCUGAAAGAGGAGGAUACAAGACGUACGUUAUGGAAGUUAAAGGUGCUAGCGUAUAUAGCAAACUGAAAUAUGAAUCGGGUGUCCAUAGAGUUCAACGUGUUCCUCAAACAGAAGCCCAAGGCCGUAUUCACACUUCAACUGCCACAGUCGCCAUCAUGCCAGAGGCUGAAGAGGUUGAUGUGGUAAUUGAUCCGAAAGACAUUGAACUUACUACUGCAAGAUCCGGUGGUGCUGGAGGUCAGAAUGUGAAUAAGGUGGAAACAGCAGUGGAUCUUUUCCACAAACCAACCGGAAUCCGAAUCUUUUGCACAGAAGAAAGGAGUCAACUUAAAAAUAAAACGCGUGCCCUUCAGUUAUUGCGAGCAAAACUGUAUGAAAUCAAACUGAAGGAACAACAAGAGUCUCAAAGAAAUCAAAGAAAAUCUCAGGUUGGUAGUGGUUCUCGUUCAGAAAAGAUCCGUACAUACAAUUACAAGGACAAUAGGGUCACCGAUCACAGAUUAAAGAUGAACUUUGAGCUCACUUCAUUUCUUGAUGGUGACAUCGAGACAGCCAUUCAGUCUUGUGCUUCUAUGGAGCAACGUGAGUUACUAGAAGAGCUUGCAGAUUCGGUAGGAACUGCAGCCCGAUAAUUUCCAAUUUUUCGAGUGUCGCUGUGUUGAUAAUCAAGGCCGAUGAAGUAGAUGGGUAUGUAUAUUUCGUUGUUUUGUCUAUCGUAACAGUAUUUCACACAUGUAAUAUUAGAAGUUGAUGCAAUGUUGAUACUUUUAUAUAUUUUAAUACAGAAUUAUAACAAAAAGGCUAAACAUUGGUUGCGAUGUUGUCGAA